AUGGGGUGCGCGGCGUCGACCGCCGACGGGGCCGAGCCCCGGCGGCGAGGGUGGGCGCGGGCGCGGGCGCUGGGGCACAGCGAGGCGUCCACCUCGGGUCUGCUGGCGCCGCCACCGCAGCAGCAGCAGGAAGGGCAGGGGCAGGAGGCGGAGUCGUCGUCCGGGGGCAGGAGGCGAGGGUGCAAGGUGGCGCCGGAGCCCAAGGAGCUGGAGGAGGGGACCGCCGCGCUUCCGCCGAUGCCCGGCUCGCCGAGCUUCCGGUACUACUGCCAGAAGAAGACGGCUGCCGUCGACAAGAUCGUGGCCGACGCCGACAACAGCGACGGCUCCGUCAGGAUCAAAGCGACGGCGCGUCAGCUGAGCAAUAGGAGCGAAAUCUCGGCGACCAAGCCACACGACUCCAACGAGGUUUCCCAACCUAAAGAGGGAAACAGAUGGCUUAGGUUCAGUGGCUUGUCGGUCGUCGCUGCUGCUUGGCACAACUUGUUCAGCCGACAAAAAGGCAAACCUUCGCCGCCUCCUGCUGCCGCUUCAGCUGCAAGCUCUCAACCCUGA